CAUAGAUGAGGACUACGAUGUUCUGAUUAUGAGACUGUUACUUCUUGACGAAGGCUAUGUCUAGAAUAUCCCUAGUCGCACUUUAUGANAACUGUCAUCGGCUUUGGUUUUGAAAGAAAUUCGGAUGAAUCUUGUGUAUACAAGAAGGUCAGUGGGAGUGCUGUAGUCUUCCUUGCUCUGUAUGUUGAUGACAUACUGCUCAUAGGAAACGAUAUUCCUACUUUAACCACCGUCAAAACGUGGUUGAGUAAGAGUUUCUCUAUGAAGGACUUGGGAGAUGCCAGUUAUGCACUUGGCAUAAGGAUCUAUAGAGAUAGAUUACGGAAGCUGUUAGGUCUCAGUCAAAGUACAUACAUAGACAAGGUCCUUGCUAGAUUCAGCAUGUCUGAGUCGAAACGAGGAAGUUUGCCUAUGGCCCAAGGCACGAGUCUUUCCAAGACUCAGGGUGCUUCCACUCCGGAGGAAGUAGAACACAUGAGAAAUGUUCCUUAUGCGUCGUGUAACACCCCAAUCCGUAUAACCCGGAAUUACACGAAUUAAGGUGAAACGAGAGUUAAAUAAAAAAUUCGCUUGGCAUUUGAAAAUGAUAAUUACUUAUAAAUAUUAAAUUUACACUCUGGAUCGCGACCCAUUAAAAAAAUAUAUUUUCAGAGUAAUGCGGAAGUACAAUAAUAAUUAAAUCAUGACACAUUUAAAUUCUUUGAUGAUCAAACAUUUGCCUGCCAUCCUUGCAUCUCCUCUGACUCAAUGCCCUCCGGGAGUGGUUCCGUCAUUGUCCUCAUGUUACCUACAUGUAGUCAACGAAAAAUACAAACUACACGCUCAGCGAAACCGCUGAGUGGUACCACG